AUGAGACCAGCAGCUCUUUUUCCAUAUUUCCUUUUCCUUGGGAUUGGACUCCAAUGUGUCCAGAUGGCAUUAUACACAAACCGUUGGGCGGUUAAAAUAACUGGAGGUGCUGAUGUUGCAGAUCUUUUUGCAGAAAAAUAUGGAUUUGUGAAUAUGGGCCAGAUAGGUGGGCUAGAGGACCAUUACCAGUUCCUGCACAGCAGAACCAUCAAGCGGUCCACUGUUAAAUGUAGAGGAAACCACAGUCUCAUUGCCACAGAAACCAAGGUGGAGUGGAUCCAACAACAGAUGGUGCAGAAGAGAGUAAAAAGGACAGACACAAUGGACCAAACCCACACUCCCAGCUUCAAUGACCCCAAGUGGGACAGCAUGUGGUAUAUUCACUGUGAUCACAACUGCUUGACAGACAUGAACAUAAAGGCAGCAUGGAGAAGAGAUUACACAGGGAAAGGGGUUGUGGUCUCCAUUCUGGAUGAUGGCAUAGAAAGACAGCAUCCAGACCUGAAGCAGAACUAUGAUGCACGAGCCAGCUAUGAUGUUAACGGCAAUGACCCGGAUCCCACACCACGUUACGAUGCCACCAAUGAAAAUAAACACGGGACGAGAUGUGCUGGUGUGGUGGCUGCCUAUGCAAACAAUUCCCUCUGCAUAGUCGGAAUUGCCUACAAUGCAAAAAUUGGUGGUGUGCGUAUGUUGGAUGGUGAUAUGACUGAUAUGUUGGAAGCUCAAUCGCUGAGUCUGAGGCAGCAGUACAUUGACAUCUACAGCUCCAGCUGGGGGCCAGAUGAUGAUGGCAGGACAGUAGAAGGACCUGGACCCCUUGCCCGACUCGCUUUGGAGAACGGCAUCCACAAAGGUAGAAAGGGGCUUGGCUCCAUCUUUGUGUGGGCUUCAGGUAAUGGGGGACAGAGACAAGACCACUGCUCAUGUGAUGGUUACACCAAUAGCAUUUACACCAUCUCUGUGGGGAGCACCACUAGGAGUGGUCGAAAGCCGUGGUACCUGGAGGAGUGUGCCUCCACACUCACUACCACCUACAGCAGUGGAGACAGCCAUAGCUUGGGCAUUAUGACGACAGAUUUGAGACAGCGUUGCACUAAUGAGCACUCGGGCACCUCAGCUUCGGCACCCAUGGCUGCAGGAAUCAUUGCCCUCACACUGGAGGCAAAUCCAUCUCUGACCUGGAGGGAUGUUCAGCACAUCAUAGUGAAAACAUCACGCCGUGGUCACCUGAGCGCCCCUGACUGGCAGAGCAAUGGAGCUGGAUAUGAUGUUAGUCACCUUUAUGGGUUUGGACUGAUGGAUGCUGAGGCAAUGGUGAAAGAGGCAGAGAUCUGGAGGCAGGUGCCUGCACAACACGUGUGUGAGGAGAACACGGUCCAGAAUGCCAGGAUCAUAAGCCCAGAGAGAGUGUUGAGAUCAGUUUUGAAGUCCUCAGGCUGCUCUGCUCAGCGCCUGCAACGUGUGGUCUAUCUGGAGCAUGUCAUAGUGCGUGUCACAAUUACACAUCCUCACCGUGGAGACCUGUCAGUCAUGUUGACAUCACCGUCUGGAACCAGAUCUCAGCUGCUUGCAAACAGACCGAAUGAUCACUCCACUGAGGGCUUCCGGAAGUGGGAGUUCAUGACGACACACUGCUGGGGGGAAAAACCAGCAGGAGACUGGAUCUUGGACAUCAGAGAUACACCGUCUCCACGGAGAAACAGCCGACACCAAGGGAAACUGAAAGAAUGGUCUCUGGUGCUUUAUGGCACAUCCACACACCCAUACACUCGACAUGAACAGCCCCGCUCUGUCCAGCUGCCAUCUGAAAACGACACUACAGAAGAAUACAAUGGCUCUUGUGACCUUGAAUGUAGUGAAGAUGGCUGUGAGGGACCAGGACCUCACCAAUGUUUUUCCUGUCUGCACUUUUUACUCAAGUUUAAAAACAAUACACGGAGCUGUGUGUCUGAAUGUCCGUCUGGCUUCUGGGGUGAUAAGAAUAGAUGUAAAAAGUGUUACUCCUCCUGUAAGUCAUGUUUGGGCAGCCGCAGUGAUCAGUGCAUGGCCUGUAAGUCUGGAUACCAUCUGGAUGAGGAAAAGAACAGCUGUGUGACCAGCUGUGAGGAUGGAUACUACCUUUACCAUGAGGACAACAUGUGCCGGAAGUGUAGUGAAAACUGCAUGAAAUGUACUUCAGCCACUGUUUGCACAGAGUGCUUGGAGGGCACAAGUCUGGUGGGCAAUAGAUGUCAGAAGAGUUGUGAGGCAGGCUGGUACUACAGUGAGCAGGGGGACUCAUGUGAGCCCUGCCACCCAGCCUGUGCUACAUGUGCUGCUGCAGGUCUGGAGUCAUGUAAUCGCUGUGCAGAAGGCUACUUGAUGGAGAACUGGAAAUGUGUGUCCUCCUGCAGUCAAGGUUUCUAUGCUGGCCAACCAAACUCAAACAGCACAGAUACACAGAACAGCUGCAAGAGAUGUGAUUCAAGCUGUUUAGCCUGUGUUGGUCCAGGUAAAGGGAACUGCAGUGAGUGUGUAGAUGGACACACACUUCAAAAUGGUGUGUGUGUUCUCAGUCAUAACUGUGGUGAUGGGGAGUAUAAGGAUGAGAAUGGAGAGUGCCAGGUGUGUGAUGUGUCCUGUCAUAAAUGUAAAGGCCCAAAGAGUGAAGACUGUCUCAGCUGCCCCAACACACACUGGCUGGAUCAGGGGCAUUGUGAUGUCACCUGCUCAAAUGGGAAGUACCCCUCCAAUGGCCAGUGUCAUCUAUGUGACCACACCUGUGCCCAGUGCAUAGAUGCUGGACCUGCUAACUGUACAAGCUGUGAUACAGAUAAGUUUGGUGUGGACCGGUAUCUGUAUCGUGGCGAAUGUGUGGAUGCGUGUCCUCAGGCUCAUUUCCACACAACACUGAAGGCGUGUGAGCCAUGUCCUGCACACUGCACACUCUGCUCCUCAGCAUCACACUGCAUCAGAUGUGAAGACUCAUUCUACAUCAAUGACGGAGUCUGUAAUCCACUGGAGUGUGGAGAAGGGGAGGUGGAAGACCCAGAAUAUGACGUUUGCAUGUCAUGUGAAGAGGGAUGCAAUAAGUGUAUACUUUAUAAUCCCAAGCACUGUCUGUCCUGCAUUGACGGAUAUUACAAGUAUGAGGAGGGCUGCUAUAAGCACUGUCCUGCCAAGACAUACACAGUGGAGGAGAGCAUGAGCUGUGUGUCGUGUGAACAUGACUGUGUGAGCUGUGAUGAAGAUGAAUGCUACUGGUGUGAAACUGAUCUCUUCUUGUCAGAUGGGAAGUGUGUGCAGGAGUGUCCCAAUGGUUUCUAUGCUGAUGAAGAUUCUCAGGAGUGUGAGGAGUGUCAUUCAGACUGCAUGACAUGUAGAGGAUCAGAGGAUAGUGACUGUGACAGUUGCAGUGAUGGACUCACACUGGACAAUGGACAAUGCGUGUCUGUGGAGGACACCUGCCCUGCACAGACAUACCUUACUGAUGAUGGGGAAUGUGAUGCUUGUCACUCUUCAUGUGAAUCCUGCUGGGGCAGAAUGAAGAAUCAAUGCAACACAUGCGUCAAAGGUCGGUACCUGAAUGUGGAUCACAUGUGUGUGGCUCGAUGCCCGUUGGGCAGUUUUGGCAGUAAGGAAACUGGUCACUGUGAGACAUGUCCUCAGGGUUGUUCCCAGUGCCAGGAUGAACAGCUCUGCACACGCUGCCAGUCAGGACGUAAAAACCCUCUUUAUCUGCAGGCUGGCCAGUGUGUGCGCAAGUGUACUAGAGGAUAUCCUGUAGGGCAAGUGUGUAAGAGCUGUGCGUCUGGUUGUACAUCAUGUGAGAGGAACACCACAUACUGUCUGAGCUGUGAAGACACACUACUGUUUCACAAACAUGAGUGUGUGUCGAGCUGUCCAUCUGCAUACACAGCGAGGGAUGGGGAGUGUGUGCGCUGUCCUGACAGCUGUGUGCUCUGCUCUGGGGAAGGCCUGUGCACAGAGUGUAAGGAAGACUUCUUUCUCCAUGCGGGUCAGUGUACCAUGUCGUGUCCUGAUGGUUUUUUUGAAGACGGAGUGCAAGGUGUUUGUAAGUGCUGUCACUCAGACUGUGAAUUAUGUGAUGGGCCUGAAUCAAACAACUGUGAUGCCUGCUCUGAUCCUGACAGCAUGCUGCAUAAUGGAGCAUGUCUACCACCCUGCCCUUCACAUACGUACAGGGAGAGCCGCUCCGGAGAGUGUAUGGCCUGUGACAGCUCCUGUCUGACCUGUUCUGGUCCUCAUGACACCUCCUGCACCAGCUGCUCUGAAGGACUAGCAAUGGAUGCCCACAGGCACUGUGCCACACCCGCCAACUGCCCAUCGCAUCACUAUAGUAACCAGGAUGAAGAGUGUCACUUGUGUCACCAAUACUGCCAUGAGUGUUCAGGCCCACACCAGAACCAAUGCCUCAACUGCAACCAGAAUCACUAUCUACUCAAUGGCAGCUGUGUUGAUGAGUGUCCAAUUGGAUUUUUCAUUGGGGAGACAAAGCAAUGUGAACCCUGUCAUCCAAACUGUCUGAGCUGCAUGGGACGACGCAGUCAUGAGUGUCUGAGCUGCAAAGAACACCUGUUCAGAGACAGCGAGGAAUGUGUGGACACAUGUCGACCUGGUCACUAUGCUGACGCAGGCUCUGGGGCAUGUGAGCGAUGUGAUGCGAGCUGUGGAGAGUGUAUGCAGGCAGGGGAAGAGGGCUGUGUGAGCUGCAGAGAGGCAAUGAUUUUUGUCAGGAAACAGAGCCGCUGUGUGACCUCCUGUCCUGAUGCGUACUACCACGACACACACCACAAAACCUGUGAAUCCUGCCACCCCACCUGCAGAACAUGCACAGGCAGGAGUGCUGAAGAAUGUGACUCAUGUCGCCCAGGUUAUACACUCACACAAGGUGUCUGCGAGUCGCCCUGCAUCAUGGGAGAAUAUGCUGUGUCUGAGGGUCAGGGCUAUAACUGUCAGUCAUGUGAUGAGUCGUGUUUGGAAUGUAAAGGUCCUGGACCUCAUAACUGCACCUUCUGCUCAGCACUGUUCAUCCUAACAGCAGGGGGGCGCUGUUUGCCCUGUUGCACGAACUUAGAACAGGAAGACACGAAUGCAGUCCAGCAGGAAUGCUGUAACUGUACUGAGACCAGAGGUGAGUGUGUCCUCAGCACCAACUUUGCCUUCCGUAACCAUGAAGAAGAGGAGUACUCAGGUAACCUGCCGCUCUUUAUCACCACCUCUAUCCUGCUCGUCCUCGCCUUGAUCGCUGUGGCCUUCCUCAUUAAGCGAUCUCUCUCUAAACGGCCAAUGCCCGACACCCCUGUCCCACGCGGGUAUGAGAAACUGGGUCACGGCGGCGGCAGAGACAGUUACCACAGAGGCACAUCUUCCAACUUCGAUGGACAAGCAAGCUCUAGUUCUGGACGUUUCCACGAGACACAGCUUGUGGACCUCAGCGAUAGGAAGGGAAGCCGGGAUGAUGAUGAUGAUGACGAAGAUGAAGAUAUUGUGUACAUGGGGCAAGACGGCACUGUGUAUCGUAAAUUCAGAUAUGGGCAGCUGGGAGAUGAGCAGGAGGAUGAGUUGGAGUAUGAUGAUGAGAGUUAUAACUACAGAUAACACCCUCAGAUAGUUUUGCUGUGGGGGGGAAAUUAUUACAACUGUCCAGUAUAACGCAACUACAUUAUUAUAUAAUUACAUCUGGAAAGUUUUGAACAAAAAUGUGAAUAUUCAUUUAUUGUAUAUGAGGAUAUGUAUUCACAUUCAUUCACUUAAAAUGUCUUUAAAACUAAAAUUUUAGCUUUAGCUUUAGCUUUAAUGUAAUAAUUGGUCCUGUUCAGGCCAAAACAUAAUGCUUGUCUCUUUUGGCCACUUCCAUCUUUUAAGACAACAGCAGAGUUUUGUUCAUUGUAAACAUGGUUUGAUUGCUUUUUUUGGUUCUGUUUUAACUAUGUGAGUGGAUUUUAUGGAGUGUCUGCAGUAUGUCAUUAUGCAGUACUCAUUACAUGAUAGUAACUGAAGUUCAGAUUAAUCCUUUAACUUAUUUCUUAUUUCUGGUCAUAUUUUUUGGUGUGAAA